AUGAGCAUAGAGACAAUACCCAAAUAUCAAGCCUUUAAUAUGUCUAAUGAUUAUAGGGCACCUAUUACAUGUCCUUAUGGUUGUACAAUAAAGUUGGUUGAAGAAUAAUUAUUGUUGCAUGUAACAAAAUGUUGGAGGUAAGAUGACUCACUUUUUGGUCAUUGCAAAUAUAAUUAUCUCCACAUUUAUCCAUAUUCAUAAUUGCCUUUUCAUGAAUAGAAUUGUACAAGCAAUAUUCCAAUGACAGAAGAUGAUUUUGCUUAUAAACCAGAUCCAAAAUAUAAUAAUGUAAAUUUAGAUUGGAUUUAAGAUGAAUUGUCAUUGAAAUAUGCAAAAUAUUUUGUAUUUCCUAUUUAUUUAUCAAAAAGGUACCAAUUUAAGACUAAGUUACUUUGUCUAAUUAAGAAAUGAAUAACUAAAGUUAAUCAAAAUCUUAAGAUUAAGAUAAAUAAUCUCAAGAAUAAGAUCAAUAAUAGUAUGUAAUUGUUUCUGAUGGAGAAACUGAAAAAGAAUUAAAAGAGAAUGAUACUAAAACUGAAGAUCCAAAAAAUUUGAAUUUCACUGAAUUUUAGUUGCAAAAUUUAAAAUUAAAGGAUUAAAAUAAAAAAGUGAAUUAGAUAAAAAAUGGAAAAGAAAAUUAAAAUAAAACUUAAAAUGAUCAUAUGGAUAAUUAAGAAAAUGAAAAAUCUAUUUCAAAAUACAUAUAAUAAUUAUUGAAGAAGAUGAGAAAGAUUUGGUGA